GCGCAAUCAUCUCAUUGAGCCUUUUUUCUACUUACACUACUUAGGGUUAAUUAAUACUCGUCAAAUAAAAUUAACUGUUCUUUUUAAAAUCUUUAAAUUCCAAGAUGAAAACCAUAGAUUUAUUGGAAUCCAAUCGUCUUGGAAGCAAGUUGCCCACUGAAGACUCGAUCAAGUUGAAUGAAGUCACCAAGAUCGUUUUCAAGCUGAAAAAAACCAUUGUUUUAACUGGAGCUGGAAUCUCUUGUAAUGCCGGUAUACCUGAUUUCAGGUCAUCUGAUGGGUUAUAUAACUUGGUUAAAUCCAAAUACCCUAAGAACUGUGUUAAGGGACAAGACUUGUUUGAUAUUUCAUUAUUUAGAAAUGAGUUAACCUUGAGUUUAUUUUGUACUUUUAUGGAAGGCCUUUAUUCAUCAUCCUUAAAAGCCAAACCAACGGAAACUCAUAAAUUUAUCAAAAUAUUAAAAGAAAAAAAUAAAUUAUUACGUUGUUAUACCCAGAAUAUUGAUUGUUUAGAAAAAGUAAUCAAUUUAAACUGUGGGAUUGAUUUGAAUAACUUUAACGAUGGUAAUAACUCAAAUUUUAAUAAAAUUUGGAAAAAUUUAGAUGUUGUUCAAUUACAUGGUAAUUUACAAAAAUUAUCUUGUACUCAAUGUUUCAAGACUUUUAAUUGGUCUCCAGAUAAUCAGGCCCAAUUAAGUAAAGGUCUUAAUCCAGAAUGUGAAAACUGUUAUUUAAAAUAUCAAGAACGUUUAUACAGUGGGAAAAGAUUAACCGGUAACAUUGGAAUGUUAAGACCAGAUAUUGUGUUAUAUGGUGAAAAUCAUCCUCAAUCAGAAAUUAUAUCAAAGGGACUUAGUCUUGAUAUGUCUUUAAAAUCAGAUUUAUUGAUUAUAAUGGGUACUUCUUUAAAAGUUGAUGGUAUUAAAAAAUUAGUAAGAAAUUUAUCUAAAACCAUUCACGAUAAAGGUGGAUUGGUUAUUUUCAUUAAUAAAACCCCCAUUUCAAAAUCAUGGUCUAAUUUAAUCGAUUACGAAAUUUUAAGUGAUUGUGAUGACUUUAUAAAAGUUUUAAAACACGAAAUCCCAGAUUUGUUCUUAACUCAAGAACAACUCGAUUCCAAAAAAUUAUCAAAUAAUAAAGAAAAGACCAAAGAAGAAUCCCUUCUUACUCCUCCUUCUACACCUAAAAAGACCAAAAUUAAACGUGAACCCAAAAAAUUCAAAAGAGCAGAAUCAAAUUCAAAAAAAAUUAAUAAAGCUACUAACUCAUUCAAAUUACCUUCUCCUCAAUCGAGUUUUAACGAAGAUGAUGAGCCGGACUUGGACGAAUUGAAAAUGACUUCAAACAGAUCCCGUGCUUUAAGAGCAUUCACCAGAUCUCAAAUGAAUCAAGAACGGUCAAUCAAAGUUAAAAGAGAAUUAGAGGAUGUUGAUAUUAAUACCAAAAGAAUUAAAUUAUAGUUGAUUCUUUCUUAACGACCUAAUGACUUCUUGUUUGUAUUAGUAGAUUAAUAUAUUC